UUGAUGCGCGCCGCCGAAACUGUACUCGUGUGCUCGUCCCCUGGCCUGGUGAAAGUCGGUGCGCUUUUGGCGAAUACGUUUACUCGGCUCGGCAAUCUGUAGCUAAUACUUGAUAGCAGACAUGUCCAAAUCGGAGCAGAUCUUAAUUCUUGAUCCAUCGACUGAUCUCAAAUUUAAAGGUCCCUUCACAGAUGUCGUGACCACAAACCUCGUGCUGAGGAACCCCUCAGACAGAAGAGUAUGCUUCAAAGUGAAGACCACUGCACCGCGGCGGUACUGUGUACGGCCGAACAGUGGUAUCAUUGACCCAGGGGCCGCCGUCACGGUCUCGGUAAUGCUGCAGCCGUUUGACUAUGAUCCAAAUGAAAAAAGUAAACACAAAUUUAUGGUGCAGACCAUUUUCGCACCUCCCAAUGUCCCAGACCUUGAAGGAAUGUGGAAAGAGGCGAAACCAGACGACUUGAUGGACUCCAAGCUGCGAUGCGUGUUUGAGAUGCCUUCUGAAAACGAUAAAGUGAACCUCAGGAGCAGGCCCAUAGGGCUCAACACCCCCCAGUACACCCCCAAGGUGCCCAAGUACCUCAGCGACAAGGCCGCCAUGACCCCCGGCGACUUCUUCACCCCGCUGGGCCGCAGGGCCGCGUGCGACCCCCAGGAGGUGGGCGACGUCCCAGACAUGCCUCAGCAGGCCAGUAGAGUGAAGGGCAGGAAGUGGAAGAAUGACGUCGACGUAACCAAAUCUGCACCCGCCCUUCACGUGUCCAAACCGGACGGCACGUCGGCCCCCAAGCCCGCCAGCUCGUCUCUGGACGACACGGAGAGGAAGAAACUCCAAGAGGAAUGCAAGAGGCUGCAGUCUGAGGUGGCGAGAAUGGCAGAGGAGAACAGGCAACUCAAGGAUGAUGGCUUGAGACAGCGCAAGGCCCUGCGACCUGACAACAUGGUAUCAAAUUCAGCCAUGAUGAGUAAGCAACAGAGCUCCAGCUCCCUGCCCUCACUACUCGUCGUCAUCGCUGCCAUCUUCAUCGGAUUUUUCCUGGGGAAGUUCAUCUUGUAGAUAACGAGAAAGGCGAACUACAACCGUCUGUACCCGACCUGCACCCUGUACCCCCCCCCCCAACCCCCUUUCCCCAGUGUUUUCCCAACCUGGAGGGGGUAAUGACGACAACACCAACAAAAAAACAAGAAGAAGAAAAUGCCGCCACGUGUGGUCUCAUUCAACCCAAAGUCAUCAGUGGUUAACAUGGUCCGUUGUGGUCCACACACACACCUGUGUACACAAUCAUCACACGGGCCCUGCCACCUCCUCCACGUCACGCGGUUAUUAAACAGAGAUGUGCAUAUACACACACACACACACACACACACACAGAAACAAGUACAUGUGAUCUCACAGAUGAGCUGAAUGAAGGUUAUCCUAUUGUUUUUGUUUUUGUUCUCAUUUACAGUUUGUUUUGUGGUGAGGGAUUGGGUUUUCAAGGGCUGGUUGGAAUGAGUGGGAAAAUGAAAAAAAUCUUCCAUCUGUCACAGCAGCAGUAGCACGAUAAGGGUGAGGUACUGUGUAGACCUUGGUGGGGAAAUUUCACAAAACCAUAAAUAAUACAUCUGAAUUGUUCUUUCUCUCCAUCUCUUUCUCUCUAUCUUUCUUUCUCUCCCUCUCUCUGUCUCUGUGGUUUUAAUGAGAGUGGCACAGAAUGUUUUAAGUGUCUUGUACAUGUUAUUUUAAUCUGUUGAAGAAAUAAUAAACCAAUACUCUAAAGAAAUAACUGUAAAAGACUUUGCUUCGUGUUGCUCUAUGGGGUUCGACAUCAAAAGGCUCCAGUCAGUUCUGAAAAUGUUUAUUUUUCUCAAUGAAUGUGAAGACUCCACCUGGAAAAUAGGUGCUUCUUCCCCUGUACAUGUUCUUUUUUUCUGAUGCCACAUAGACACAAAAACAUGGCUUCCAAAUAUUAUUUGUUCUCAUUUCGAUUUAUCCUUCCAUAAAUUGAAUAUCCUGACUUGUGUGAGGCAAAUGUUGACUGAAGAACUCCAUGCUUUACAAUCCUGUCCCAUGAUAUUUAACAUGAAAUAAGAUUAAAUAAAAUAUCUAACAUUCUUUAA